CGGAGCACAGCAGAGGAAGGGAACUCCAGAGAGAGAAAAGGCUCAUUUACUUUAACUUUAGUUGACCAAAAAAAAAACAAAAUUAAUCGUAGAGGGCAACAGGCUGGACAGAGAGCUGCCUCCCUUUCUUCCACUGGGAUGAUGGCUUCUGCUUUUGUGAAGAACACAGGUAUCCUGCACCUCCUCUUGUUUGGACUCCUUCUACCUUCAGUAUUAGUGUCAGUGGAAGUCCUCGAUUCAGUGAAUACUUCAACUGUUGCACCAACACUGACAUCUUCCUCCAUCACCUCCGUAACCUCCAUCCAGCAAACGCCUACUGACAUGUCCCCACCGUCUUCUGCCACCAGCAGUCCAGGUACCCGUCAGUCCACCAUCAGCAGUGAUGGAGCUACCGUAACAGCCAUCGCCACCACCUCCACUCAGCCACUCACAUCCACCUCCGGAGGCUCAACACAAAGCACCACACAGUCUCUCAAAUCCACGUCUGGAAACAUGACACCCAACAGCACGCUUCUUCCUACUCCAUCCACCUCCGGAGGCUUCAGCACCACCCAGUUUCACACAAGCACCUCUAAAGGGAGUUCCAACACAAUGAUGACUUUUCCCACCAUGAACUCGACUGCUAAUGGAACUAUGUCCAACAGCACUUCAAUGAACAUGACACAUCUUCAUUGCCAUUCGUUCUCGUGCUUCUCCUCUGAGUGCUACUGGAUGUACAUGAAUCAGAAUGCAACCAGGUGUACUGCUGCGUAUUGUCAGCUGUUGAAGACUAAAGAUAUGUGGUACAGCGUAGGCUGCAGCGCCUCUUGUGCAGAAAGGUGCACCAACGCCACCCAGACCAACUGCUCCGUGAACUGCUGCAACUCUACCGGGUGCCUCAGGAGCAACUUUGAAUCCAUGAAUGCAACCCUAACCACAACGGCAGCGGCAACGACAUCAACAACAAAAGCCACCCAGUCUUCCUCCACAACAACCUUAGCACCAGCAGACAAUCAAAACCAGUGCAGCACAGGAACCUGCACUGGUGAUGGUUGUUACUCUGCCUUCAAGACCACACUUCAAGCAUGCACCUCUGCACAGCCUCAUUGUCAGUUGCAGAAGCAGCUGGUGAAUGCCGCCGCAUCGUGGACAGCAGGUUGCACCAACUGCACCGGUCUGACCACCUGCCAGGGCACGACACAACCUCCGUGUGUUCAGGAGUGUUGCAAGGCCUCCACUACCUCCUGCCUGAAGCUGGACGGCUCGGUGAACGUCUUCUCCUCCGCCACCAGAGGACCCCACCUGCACACGGAGUUGCUCGUUUCCAUCCUCAGCCUGCUUGCAAUGGCUUUGUUGCUGUGAGAGAAGGAGCAUGCACCCGCUCAGAAGAUGUUUAUAAUUAGAGCUUUGUGUCUCUCCAGAAGAGAAGCUACUGAGAGGUCAACACAUUUCCACAUGUAUGUACUGCUGAUUUGCAGUCAUGGUUGCAUGAAAAAAAAUCUGAAUUACAUUCAUUUCACAGCUGGUUGUGUUGUUUUGUCUUGAUUUGCAUAUUCUUUUUCCUUUCAAGGAAGUUUCUCUAAAUACAUGAAAAACACCUGAAGCAACCUCAUUUAACAGUUCCCAUCUUUGAAUGCCACCUAUAAAUAAUAUACUUAAAGGGUUUGAGGGGUUUUGUCAUUGUUUGUUUUCAAAUGCAUGAUUUAAAUAAUGGUUAUGUCUUAUUUCAUGUUUCAGAUAAAAUAACCGUAAAAUUGUUCAGUUUCUGCAGAUGCAACCACACAAUUACCAUUGAAUGUGUGCAGAUUUAACUCUUAUUUGUAACACAAACAGCAACAGGAAGCCUCUGUGCAACAUGCAAUUCAGUACUCUCGGCUUCCUGAAUUUACUGUCUAUACUGUGUAGUUUUCCAGGUAUAUUUUAUGGUAAAUUAGUGUCAUGUCAGUCAUAAAUUAAGUAAAAUAAUUGUCAAUUUAUUCUCACUUUGUGUACAGUACAAAAAAUAAAUCCUAUAAACCUGUUGAAAUCUCCUGUUGUAUACAUUUUACAGAUUUGUUUUUGUUGGUUAUUUAGCCAUAACAUUAUGACCACUGGUAAGGUGCUUUUCAACACAAGUCACUUUUGUUGCAGGACAAUCCUUCCUCCAUUGGUGUAAAUGUGAUUUUUUUUUUCACGAUGCAUACUAACUACUGAAAUGUUGCCACCUGGACGAUUUUGGAUCAGCUCUAUUAAAAAAUAAAAAACUACAAUAUUUAGAUGUAAUCAGUUAUUCUAAAGUAAAAAUUGAACUGAUUUUGUGAAACUCUAAUUCUACUUAAAUGUAAUUCUAUUCCUAUAUCAUCAAAACUUCCAUAAAGGGACAUUUUAGUGGUUUUGUUUAUUUGUUUUUAUGUUUUCAUGGGAACGGGACCACAGUAGAUCUGGUCCAU